AUGGCAACUGCUUCAUUGAUUGAAUCAACCCCAUUAAAAUGGAAGCAAGCCUCCCCUUUCCAAUCACAACCUCCUCGUUUAAUCCCCAAUUCCUACCCGUAUUUAAUCCCUCUAAAACCCCCUACAUUUACCGCUAAAUACGCCUCUCAAUUCACAAACUUGAACUCAAACUCAAAAAACAACAAUGACCCAUUUUCAAUACCACCUUCAAUUACAAAACGCGUAUCUCAAAGUCCCUCAAAACCACCCACACCAAAAAACCCACUUGAAAUUCUUUAUCAAACGAUACUAAAAGCACUUGAUUCCCUCAAAAAACCCGCAAUUGCCGCGAUUUUGAUAGGGGCCUUGUUAAUGUAUGAUCCUAACUCGGCAUUUGCUGCCUCUGGAGGUAGAGUUGGCGGGAAUUCCUUUUCGGGGCGAUCAUCCUCUGGGUAUUCUUCAAGGAGUUACUCAAUGCCUCGGGGUGGAAGUUCAGGGUUUUCGUACUCGGUGCCGUACUAUUCACCAUCGCCUUUCGGUGGUGGUGGGGUUUAUGUGGGGCCCGCGAUUGGGUUUGGUGUUGGUGCCGGGUCUAGUUUGUUUUUUAUCUUGGCAGGGUUUGCUGCAUUUAUGUUGGUUUCUGGGUUUCUUUCGGAUAGGAAUGAAGGUGGAGUGCUUACUGCUACUGACAAAACUACUGUGAUUAAGCUUCAGGUUGGGUUGUUGGGGAUGGGGCGUGCACUUCAAAGGGACCUUAAUAGGAUUGCAGAGGUUGCAGAUACAUCCACGUCUGAGGGUCUAAGCUAUGUAUUGACGGAGACCUCACUAGCUUUGCUCAGGCAUCCUGAUUAUUGCAUCUCUGCUUAUUCAUCUGUGGAUUUGAAGCGAAGCAUGGAGGAUGGUGAAAAACGUUUCAAUCAACUUUCUAUCGAAGAACGUGGCAAAUUCGACGAAGAGACACUUGUCAAUGUAAACAACAUAAAAAGGCAAAGCACAACAAACAAGAGAUCUAAUGGAUUUAGCAAUGAGUAUAUAGUGAUAACUAUCUUGGUGGCUGCUGAAGGAGUACAUAAACUACCCACCAUCAAUGGUAGUGGAGACUUAAAGGAAGCUCUGCAAAAGCUUGGUUCUAUACCAGCCAGUAAAACACUGGCUGUUGAGGUGUUGUGGACACCUCAGAAUGAAAAUGACACACUGUCAGAGAGGGAACUACUUGAAGAUUAUCCCCUUUUGAGGCCUCUAUAA